CAAUGGCGAAAUACGGAUCAACAUGCAGCGAGGAAUGCCACUGUGCAAAUGGUGUGGAAUGCGAUCCAAGUAUCGGAUGUCCAGAUGGACCAUGUGCAGAUGAAUAUUCCGGAAAGAACUGUCAAGUUCCUGACACAUGUCCUGUUGGAAAGUAUGGGGAACUGUGUAAGUACUAUUGUCAUUGUGAAGAUGAUGGGCCAUGUAAUAGAGCCACUGGAAGUUGUGGAGAAAGGAAAUGUAAACAUUUGUGGAUAGGGAAUGAUUGUCAACUUGAUCCUCCAGUAAUGACUACAGCACCUCUGGUAACCGUUUCCGACACUAUCGUAACAGUAACAUGGGACCAAUGGACAAAUAUUGUUGGGAAUGGAGAUGGUCCAGUAAUUGGAUAUAAAGUCUGCUAUACAAGGACUGAGAGUUCUUUUAAAAAGUGCGUUGAAAACGCACUGAAUUUAUCAGCUAGCUUUGUUAUCGACAGCGAUGAUGAAUUUAAACGAGGGUUAGAUUAUAUUUUUGUGGUGAGUGCCAUACGUCCCGGAAUUCAAGGAGAGGGUGCUUUCAGUCCCUCAUCGACAUCCGUCACAAUCCCUUGUCUUCCUCCUGAAGUGGCGCCCUCUAUUGUUGAAGUUUCGUCACUAGGUAUUAGUGACAUUCAAGUACAAUGGCAGUUAAUUGAUGCUCAGCAUUGGAGAUGUAAUUCGCUGGAUAGUUAUCAAGUGGAAUACAAAAUGUCAGAGAGUCGAAGUUUCUUAUCACAAACUGUGACGAGUACAGCCACGGCAGCGAUAAUUUCUAACCUAGACCCUUGUACGUCUUACCAAAUUAAAGUUAUAUCUACAAAUUCUAGAGGGCUUGGACCAAGUUCUGAUAUUAUCACUGUGGCAACAGACGUACAAGAACCCGGUGAUAUUACUUUGAGAAAUUCGGUGAUCUCUUCUCCUGAUAGCUUAACUUUAACUUGGAAUAUACCCAGCAACCCUGAAUGUAUUACUUCAUUUAAUGUAGACUACAAACUGAUCAACUUAGAUCAAUGCAACGAAAGUGUUACUACUGAAACGGAAAGCCUGCGAUUUUCAGCUACUGCAACUGAAGGUGUUUUAAGCAACCUGCUGAGUCAUUCCCUAUAUAGACUGUCUCUCUAUGCAGCAUUAGGAAAUGAAACUACCAAUCCUGUUGUAACUGAAGCAAAUACUUCAGGAUCAAGACCAUCUGGCCCACCAAUAGCUGUUUUGAUUCAAAAUCUUCAACAUACUGAAUUAUCUUUCAAAUGGCAACCCCCAGAAUGCGGAAAGCGCAAUGGACCCAUAACAAAGUAUACAUCAAUUCUCAGAAACUCUACAUAUACUAACAUUAAAGAAGUGUCGAAAAUGUCUGUUACAUUCUCAUCAUUGCUGCCAUGUACCGAAUAUACUUUUCAAGUGAAGGCUCUAAAUGGGGAUUUGGUUGGCCCUUUGAGUAAUGUGCUGCCGGUGCAAACAGCUCCACAAGAACCUGAGAAUGUUACAAUUACUGGAGCUAUUAGAUCCCUUCUGGUUAGGUGGAAAUUUCCGGCUAGUCAAGGCUGUGAUAUUGACUUUUACAAGCUGGAAUAUCAAGUUGAAAAUCCAGGGAUGUGUGGUGAAAAUUUGGAAAGUGUUGGAAGAUCACUGAAUACAACAAGCACAAGCAUUGAGAUUCGUAAUCUAGAAGUGUUUUCACAAUACUCAGUCACAAUCCGUGCUGUUAUUGGUCAGGUUGGAAGAACUAACAACGUUGAAGGACCGGGGACAAGUUUAAAUGGCAGAACGGGCGAAGAAGAACCUCUAGUGGGUCCAGAGGACAUACAGGCAAUAAUCAGUCAAGAAGCCACAAAUGAUACUCCAGGUGAAAUUGAGAUCAGCUUUGGUUCGGUUCCUUGUCUACAAAAAAGAGGAGUAAUUAUACAUUACAAGGUACGAGUCAUCGAUGGAGAUGGAAAUGUAUUUGGAAAUACCAUGACAGUUGUUGUGUCACCUGCAAUUAUAACAGGUGGAUUCCCUUGUGAAUCAGUAACACCACAAGUAGCAGCAUGCACAUCAGCAGGAUGUGGUGGAUUUAAAAAUGGUUCGUCCAUUACUAUGAAUCCUGCAGCUCCUGGUAAAGCCUCUGUUGAUGUUAAAGGUCUAUCAUCGGAAUCUAAUAAGCUUUUCAUAUCUUGGUUAGCACCUGAGGUGGUCCAUUGCCCAAUAGUUGAGUACAAGAUAGAGUAUAGACUUACUAAUCUUGAUCAGUGUCAGGACCAAAUUAAUGCAUUUGAAGUAAAUGUUGUAAAUCAUACAGAAACACAAGACGUCUUAUUAAACCUUGUACCAUUUAGUACCUAUGAAGUAAUUGUUUCUGCUGGAGUAGACGGAAUGAAUGGUAACAUAAUAUUCACUAGGGGUCAGACUGAUUUUGGCAAUACAACAUCCACAGAUCCUACUGCACCACCAGAAAAUAUAAUUAACCACAAAAUAGAGAAUGCACGAUCACUGAAUUUUACAUGGGAAGAAAUUCCAUGUGGUCACAGGAGAGGUCAAAUAGUAAAAUACAACUAUACUCUAAAAGUGGGUUCCAGUAUUGUGAGACAAGAUGCUGUUAUGGACAAGACUGUGAUAAUAAGAAACCUGAUUCCCUGUACCUCAUACUUAUUCAUGGUGAGCGGCAGACGUCCUGAGGGCCAAGGCCCAGACAGUGACAGUAUUGAAGCAAGAACAAAUGUUGAAGAACCUGAUAGGGUCCAGAAUGUUACAGUUACUGGAGCUAAUAGAUCCAUUUUGGUUAGGUGGGAAGGGCCAGACACUGAAGGCUGUGAAAUUAACUUUUACAAGCUAGAAUAUCAAUUGGAAAAUCCAGGGAUGUGUGGUGAAAAUUUGGAAAGUGUUGGAAGAUCACUGAAUACAACAAGCACAAGCAUUGAGAUUCGUAAUCUAGAAGUUUUUUCACAAUACUCAGUCACAAUCCAUGCUGUUAUUAGUCAGGUUGGAAGAACUAACAACGUUGAAGGACCGGGGACAAGUUUAAAUGGCAGAACGGGCGAAGAAGAACCUCUAGUGGGUCCAGAGGACAUACAGGCAAUAAUCAGUCAAGAAGCCACAAAUGAUACUCCAGGUGAAAUUGAGAUCAGCUUUGGUUUGGUUCCUUGUCUACAAAAAAGAGGAGUAAUUAUACAUUACAAGGUACGAGUCAUCGAUGGAGAUGGAAAUGUACUUGGAAAUAUCAUGACAGUUCAUGUGUCACCUGCAACUAUAACAGGUGGAUACCCUUGUGAAUCAGUAACACCACAAGUGGCAGCAUGCACAUCAGCAGGAUGUGGUGUAUAUGAAAAUGGUUCCAACAUUACGAUGAAUCCUGCAGAACCUGAUAGUGUCCAGAAUGUUACGAUUACUGGAGCUAGCAGAUCCCUGCUGGUUAAAUGGGAAGCUCCAGCUACUCAAGGCUGUGAGAUUGACUUUUACAAGCUGGAAUAUCAAAUGGAAAAUCCAGGGAUGUGUGGUAAAAUUGUUUUGAGUGUUGAAAAAUCGCUGAAUACAACAACCACAAAUAUUGAGAUUCGAAAUCUAGAAGUGUUUUCACACUACUCAGUCACAAUCCGUGCUGUUAUUGGUCAUGUGGGAGGCACUAACAAUUUUGAAGGACAGGAAACAAGGUUAUACAGCAGAACGGAUGAAGCAGAACCUCUAGUGGGUCCAGAGGACAUACAGGCAAUAAUCAGUCAAGAAGCCACAAACGAUACUCCAGGAGAAAUUGAGAUCAGCUUUGGUUCGGUUCCUUGUCUACAAAAAAGAGGAGUAAUUAUACAAUACAAGGUACGAGUCAUUGAUGGAGAUGGAAAUGUAUUUGGAAAUACCAUGACAGUUGGUGUGUCACCUGCAAUUAUAACAGGUGGAUACCCUUGUGAAUCAAUAACACCUCAAGUGGCAGCAUGUACAUCAGCAGGGUGUGGUGGAUUUGAAAAUGGUUCCAGCAUUACGAUGAAUCCUGCAGAACCGGAUAGUGUCCAAAAUGUUACGAUUACUGGAGCUAGCAGAUCCCUGCUGGUUAAAUGGGAAGCUCCAGUUACUCAAGGCUGUGAGAUUGAAUUUUACAAGCUGGAAUUUCAAAUGGAAAAUCUGGGGAUGUGUGGUGAAAAUGUAGGGAAUGUAAGAUCAUUGAAUACAACAAGCACAAGCAUUGAGAUUCGUAAUCUAGAAGUGUUUUCACAAUACUCAGUCACAAUCCGUGCUGUUAUUGGGCAGAUGAGAGGCACUAACAAAGUUGAAGGACCAGGAACAAGUCUACACGGCAGAACGGAUGAAGCGGAACCUCUAGUGGGUCCAAAGGACAUAAAGGCUAUAGUAAGUCAAGAAGCUACAAAUGAUACUCCAGGAGAAAUUGAGAUUAGCUUUGGUUCGGUUCCUUGUCUACAAAAAAGAGGAGUAAUUAUACAUUACAAGGUACGAGUCAUCGAUGGAGAUGGAAAUGUACUAGGAAAUACCAUAACAGUUGGUGUGUCACCUGCAAUUAUAACAGGUGGAUUCCCUUGUGAAUCAGUAACACCACAGGUGGCAGCAUGCACAUCAGCAGGAUGUGGUGGAUUUAAAAAUGGUUCCAACAUUACGAUGAAUCCUGAAGCUCCUGGUAAAGUGUCUGUUGACGUUAAAGGCCUAUCAUCUGACUCCAAAAGGCUGUUCAUAUCUUGGUCAGCACCUGAGGUGGUCCAUUGCCCAAUACUAGAGUACAAGAUAGAAUAUAAACUCACUUAUCUUGAUCGUUGUCAGAACCAAAGUAAUGAAUUUCAAGUCAAAGUUGUGAAUUAUACAGAAACACAAGACACCUUAUUAAACCUUACACCAUUUAGUUCUUAUGAUGUAGUUGUAUCAGCUGGAGUAAAAGGAAUGGAUGGUAACACAAUAUUUACACGUGGUAGGACUGGUUUCAACUAUACAGCUACCACAGAUGCUACAGCACCACCAGAUAAUAUAAUUAACCACAAAACAGAGAAUGCACGAUCACUGAAUUUUACAUGGGAAGAAAUUCCAUGUGGUCACAGGAGAGGUUCAAUAGUAAAAUACAACUACACUCUAAAAAUGGGUUCCAGUAUUGUGAGACAAGAUGCUGUUAUGGACAGGACUGUGAUGAUAAGAAACCUGAUUCCUUGUACCUCAUACAUAUUCAUGGUGAGUGGCAGAGGUCCUGAGGGCCAAGGUCCAGACAGUGAUAGUAUGGAAGCAAGAACAAAUGUUGAAGUCCCAGAGAGCGUAGAACAUAUUGUCGACCAGGAAACAACCUUGGUAUGGGACAGACCUCCGCCUAUGACCUGUGACAUUUUAAGAUACCACAUUCAUGCAAGUUUGAUUGAAAGAGAUCAGUGUCAACAAGUUGAUAUAAGUACAAAUUUUACAGUAGAAGAUGCUGAAGUAAAGUUAAAAAUUUGGAAACCAUAUUCAACGUAUCUCGUCAAUAUCAGCGCUGAAACAGAUGCAGGACUUGGCCCGGAAACUACACACAAAUUUGUAACUCCUGAAAAAGUUCCUGCUCAUGGUCCAAAAGAAGUUAAUGUCACCGCUGUGUCAGCCACAGGAGCCAGCUUUGCAUGGUCUGAAAUAGAAUGUGGAUAUAGAAGAGGUCUCAUCAGGGGCUACCAAUUCAGCUUGCAAAAUGCAGAUGGCCAAGAACUUAUCAGUAAUGAGACAAGGGAGCGUCAGUGUGAAUUUGACGACCUUACACCAUUUACUAAAUACAUUUUCAGUGUAAAAGGUUUUAAUUCCAAGGGUGAUGGAAAAAACAAAGAAUUACAUAUUACAACUGACGAAUCAAUUCCCUCUGUCAUAGAUAAUGUCAAGAUCCUUAGCACGGACUUCAAGUCAUUCCGAAUCAAGUGGUCAAGACCAGAGCCAUCCAAUGGAAUAGUUAUCGGAUACCAGAUCAAUUACACAGUAAUAGAUGGAUUGGAAAACAACCCCCAGUCAAUCCAAUAUGAUGUAUCUGCUGAAGAGAGGAAUACAACUGAUCUCAUUUACACUAUUGGAAACCUUCAGCCAAAUACUAAUUAUUCUGUUCAGGCUGCUGCAUUUACUUCAGUUGGAGUUGGACCGUGGAGUGAUCUACUUUAUGUUUUCACACUUACUAGUAGUAAUAUUGCAUCAUCCAUAUCUGUUAACCUGAUAAUAGUAUGCUGUGUUGUAAUCCUGGUGAUUUUCCUAGCAUUCAGCUUUUGCAGUUGGUUUGUUGUAUUCAUUUUAGAAAUAUUGCCCUUUAUAAACAAGACGAAGCAUGAGCAGUCCACUAUGAUAAACAUGGUUAAUUACGAUGAUUUUGGUGGUGAGGAUGGUGGCGUUGAUACUUUAACGCCACCUAAGGUGGAAUCACAGUGUGAUGAUAGAGCGCCACCUAAGUUGGAAUCACAGUGUGAUGAUACAGCGCCACCUAAGUUGGAUUCAUCUUUGGAAGAGUCACGCACAUAA